AUGGAGUUGCUAAGAAGCUCCUGGGACCUUCAGAAAUGGGUGCCCAGGACUUCUGAAGAGUGGAUUAGCUCGACCAGACAGGCAUUCCUUACAGCCUUCUUGCAGAAUUAUGAACCUAGUGACAACUCAGCCCACCUCUGCCUCCUUCUCUCCAGCCUUACCAACAGCCCCACCACCAUCACCAUCCUAAACCAAGUAACCAACACCUCAGAGACUGUCACGGUGAGUGCAGGACCAAUAGUUGUCUGCAGUGUGGCUGAAAUGGCCAAUAGCACCACUUUCCAUCAAAUUGUGGCAAUCAGCUCAGAUCAUGUCAUCACAAUACAAACAAUCAGUGCUAAGCCAGACACAGCCGAACUGACCUUAGUCUACCCUGUCUAAGUGCUGGGCAGCAGGUACUUUGUGCUCACACCUCCAGGGACCUCAGUUAAGAAUGUCAAGGAGUUUGCAGUGGUAGCCAGAGCCCAGGGGGCCUCUGUCAGCAUCCAGCUGAAGGGCUCAGCCACUUUCCAGGGCAAAUGCCUGGUCAUGGAGCUGAAGCCAUGUGACAUGGUCCAGGUACAGGGCACAGCUGACCUCUCUGGCUCUCGGGUGGUGGCCAGCAGCCCUGUGCUUGUGCUCUCUGGCCAUAGCUAUGUCCAGAAGUACCCAUCCUACAAUCAUGUGAUCGAGCAGCUGCUGCCUUAUGUAGUCCUCAUCAUGUCCUCCCAGGCCCACUAUAACGUGGCCUAUAUAGUGGCUGAUGAGACCACACAGUUAACCUUCAACCAAGGGGGCACUGCUGGCUCUCAGGGGCUCCAGGCUGGUGAUGUGGUUGAAUUUGAUGUCUACUCAUUACACCCACUCUACCUCUCAGCCAAUGCCAGCAUCCAUCUCUUUGUCAGGGGUGCUGAGCAAAGGUCAGUAACCUAUGAUUCCUUUCUGGCUGUGGAUAACUGUUCAUCCUAUGUGAUCAAUGGGGUACCUGGGACUUAGAGCACUGCCCUACAGGUAGCAAAGACCACCGAUGUCAGCAGCAUCACUGUGGAUGGUUGGACUCUGGGGUCAAACAUCACAUGGGCAUCUGUGCCUGGCAGUGAGUUCUCCUAUGCAGAGGUCAGUCUUGGGAUGGAUAGAAGGACACACCAUGCUGAGACUGGAAGCCUUUGGCUGGUGACUCUUGAGCUAGCUCCUUCUGUGGGGACAGCAGCUGAAUGUGGCCAGGUCCCUGUGUCCACCACGGAGGCCUCUUGUAAAGGGGUCAAGUGUAGGUCCCAGGAGCGAUGUCAGGUGGUGAACGGCAAAGCUGAGUGCUCAGCCGCCUCAGCUGCCACAUGCCGGGCCUACGGGGACCCACACUACACCACCUUUGAUGGCCGUCGCUUUGACUUCAUGGGCACGUGCUCCUACACUAUAUCUGAGCUGUGCGGCUUCGACGACAGCCUGCCUUCCUUCAGCGUGGAGGCCAAGAAUGAACAUCGAAACAGCAAGAAGGUGUCCUAUGUGGGCCUGGUGACCGUCAGUGCCUACAGCCAAGUCGUCUCCUUGGCGCGAGGGGAGUACGGCUUUGCCCGGAUCAACAACCAGAAGUCUCGGCUGCCGGUGUCCCUGAGUGACGGGAAGCUGAGGGUGUUCCAGAGCGGCUACCAGGGUGUGGUAGAGAUGGACUUCGGGCUCCGAGUCACCUACAAUUGGGACUGCCAACUGAGUGUGACACUGCCAUCCCGCUUCCAGAAUGAGGUCUGUGGCCUCUGUGGGAAUUACAACGGGGAUCCCUCGGACGACUUCCUCACCCCAGACGAGACUCAGGCAGCCGACGCCGCGGAGUUUGGCGAGAGCUGGAAACUGGAUGAUGGAGACCCGUUCUGUUCUAAGGACUGUCAAGGGAGCUGCCCCACCUGCACCGAUGGGCAGACCCAGCACUAUAAGGGUGACAAGUUGUGUGGGAUGCUGAGCCUGACCCAAGGCCCCUUUGCCCUCUGUCACGAAAUCCUGGACCCCCAGACCUUCUUAAAAGACUGUGUUUACGACUUGUGUGCCACCAAUGGGGACCGGCCCAGCCUAUGCCGGGCCCUGGAUUCCUAUGCCACGGCCUGUAGGGAGCAAGGGGUGACCAUUGGGGACUGGAGGACGCCUGCUAGCUGCCCAAUGACCUGCCCUGCCAACAGCGUCUAUUCCUCCUGCGGCAGUGCCUGUCCUCCCUCCUGUUUCGAAGCUUCGGUCCCCUCGAAUUGCAAAUCCCUGCCAUGUGUGGAGACCUGUGAGUGUAAGGAUGGUUUUGUGCUCCGCGGGGACGCCUGUGUGCCCACCUCGUCCUGCGGUUGCCAAUAUGAGGGCUUAGUGCUGGCCCCCGGGGAGGAGGUUUGGGGAGACAGCCUGUGCCGGCAGCGAUGCGUGUGUGAUGGGAAGACUCAGCAGGUGCAAUGCAAGGACACAGGAGGCUGUCCCACUGGGGAGCACUGCCGAGUCCAGAACGGGCUUCAAGGGUGUUACCCAGACAGCUACGGGACCUGCCAGGCCACCGGGGAUCCCCACUACACCACCUUCGACGGGCGGCGCUUUGACUUCAUGGGCACCUGUGUCUACCUGCUGGCCGGCUCCUGUGGCCAGGAUGCGGCACUGCCCGACUUCAAGGUCCUCGUGGAGAAUGAGCACAGGGGCAGCCAGGUGGUGUCCUACACCAAGGCCGUGCGUGUACAAGUCUAUGGGGUGGAGAUCGCUAUCCACCGGGGGUACCUCGGGGCUGUCUUGGUGGAUGGGGUGCUACGGUACCUGCCCUACCAAGUAGCCGAGGGCAAAGUUCAGACUUUCCAGAGUGGGUAUAAUGCUGUGAUCCGGACCGACUUCGGCCUGACCGUCUCCUACGAUUGGACCUCCCUGGCCAAAGUAAAGGUUCCAAUCAGCUAUGCCAACGCCCUCUGCGGCCUCUGUGGCAACUUCAAUGAGGACUCUAAGGAUGACUUCACCCUGCGGAAUGGGACCCUGGCUGCCAAUGCCUUGGACUUCGGAAAGGACUGGCUAGAGGAGGCUCUCCCUGGGUGUGGGGCUGUGGUCCCGGGAGAGUGCUCCCAGCUGGAUACCCUGCUGGCCCAGCAGUCGCAGAGCAAGAAGGAAUGUGGACUUCUGAAGGACCCCGAGGGACCCUUCCGGGACUGCCAGGCCAAGGUGGACCCCGAGGGCUUCUUCCAUGACUGUGUGUAUGACAGGUGCUUGCUGCCUGGCCAGCCCGAGGUGGGCUGUGAUAUCCUGGCUGCCUAUGUAGCUGCCUGCCACACCGCUGGGGCCACUGUCCACGACUGGAGGAGUGACCAGUUCUGCCCUCCGACCUGCCCGGCGCACAGUCACUAUGAGGAAUGCUCCCGAGGCUGCCCAGCGUCCUGCAAUGAUGUCUCUGUCCCUGGGGGCUGCGGCUCUGAAUGCAAGGAGGGCUGCGUGUGUGACGAUGGGUUUGCUCUCAAUGGAGACGAGUGCAUCCCCCUCGCCCAGUGUGGUUGUCUGUUCCAGGGUGGGUACUACAGUGUGGGCCAAUCCUUCUACCCGGGGCCUGGCUGCGACUCCCUCUGCCAGUGUGGGGAGGGAGGCAUUGUCUCCUGCUCACCCUCCACCUGUGGGCCCCAUGAAGCCUGCCAGGUGGCCAACGGUGCCCUGGGCUGUGUGGUUGUGGGCUCAGCCACCUGCUCAGCAUCUGGGGACCCCCACUACACCACCUUUGAUGGGCGGAAGUUCGACUACAUGGGCACCUGUGUCUACACCCUGGUCCGUACCUGCGGUUCUCAGACUGGCUUAGAGGACUUUGAGGUCCUGGUGGAGAAUGUGGCCUGGGGCAAUGGGGCCGUCAGUGUCACGAGAGGAGUGACUGUCCACGUGGCUGGUGUCACUUUGGUGCUGGAGCAAAAUAAGUGGCAGGUCAAGGUAGAUGGCGUGGCCCUGAAAUUCCCCGUGGUCCUGGCCGGUGGCCGUGUCCGAGCCUACCAGCACGGGGCAAACGCUGUGAUUGAGACCGACUUCGGACUGCGCGUGGCCUACGACCUUGUCUACCAUGUCCGGGUCACUGUCCCUGGCAACUACCACAGCAAGCUCUGUGGCCUGUGUGGAAAUUAUAACGGGAAACCCGAGGAUGACUUCCAGAAGCCCGAUGGUGAGCUGGCCAGUAGCCCUUCUGCCUUUGGAGACUCCUGGGAGGCCGCUGUUCCCGGCUCCCCCUGCGUCCCUGUGUGUAACCCCAGCUGCCCUAGCGAACCCCAGUGCAAACCUGAGCUGGCUGGAACCUAUGAGCAGGAGCGCUACUGUGGCUUCAUCACCAACCCCAAGGGGCCCCUGGCCGCCUGCCACGCCCUGGUCAGUCCCAGUGGCUACUUCGAUGACUGUGUCUUUGAUCUCUGCCUGGGUGGGGGCAGCGACGACAUCCUGUGUAACAGCAUUCACGCCUAUGUGUCAGCCUGUCAAGCUGCUGGUGGCACUGUCCAGCCUUGGAGGAGCGACAAGUUCUGUCCUUUCAAGUGCCCUUCCAACAGUCACUAUGAGCUGUGUCCGAACACCUGUUCCCUUGGCUGUGCGGCUCUGAGUGCGCCCUCCAACUGUCCCAGCACCUGCUCAGAGGGUUGCCAAUGUGAUGUGGGCUUCAUCUCGGAUGGCCAGGCUUGCAUUCCCAUCGAGGACUGUGGCUGCUACGUGGAUGGUAGAUACUAUGAGCCCAACCAGUCUGUGCUACUCAGCAACUGUACCCAGCAAUGCACGUGCCGUCCUGAGCAAGGUCUGCUCUGCCAGGCCCACCAGUGUGGUGCUGGCCAGGUGUGUGAGCCCUCAGGAGGUCUCCUGAGCUGUGUAACCAAAGAUCCAUGCCAGGGCGUGACCUGCCUGGAACAGGAGACGUGUCAAGUACAGAACGGCCAGGGCAUCUGCAUCCCUAAGUACCAGGGCACGUGCUGGCUGUGGGGUGACCCCCACUAUCACUCCUUUGACGGCUUAGACUUCGACUUCCAGGGGACCUGCUCCUAUGUCCUGGCAGCCGUGUGUGGGGGGCCCUCCAGCCUCCCCACCUUUACAGUCACCACCAAGAACGAGAACAGGGGAAACCCCUCAGUGUCCUACGUGCGCCAGGUCACGAUCUCUGUCCAUGGUACCAACAUCUCUAUCCACAAAGGCGAGGUUGGCCAAGUGCGGGUGAACGGUGUGCUGACCACUCUUCCAGUGAGCACAGCUGAAGGGCGCGUCUUCGUGACCCAAGGCCCAGGCGUGGCCGUGCUGGACACCGACUUUGGCCUUCGAGUCACCUACGACUGGAACUGGCGAGUGGAGGUGACGCUGCCCAGCAGCUACCACGGCGCUGUGUGCGGGCUGUGCGGAAACUUCGACGGCAAGUCUGACAACGACCGCGCCUUCCCCAAUGGGACCCUGGCGUCAUCCAUUCCCAGCUGGGGUGGCAGCUGGCGGGUCCCCGAGUGGGACCCCUUCUGCUGGGACGAGUGUCACGGAAACUGCCCCACCUGUGAUGAGGACAAAAAAGAGCAGUAUGGAGGCCCUGACUUCUGUGGGCCCCUGGCCCCAGGCGCCGGCGCCCAAGGUCCCUUCUCUGCCUGCCACGCCCACAUCAAACCCGACAACUUCUUCACUGGCUGCGUCCUGGACGUCUGCCUUGGGGGUGGAUCCCAGGACAUUCUCUGCCAGGCCUUGGCCUCUUACGCGGCCGCGUGCCAGGCUGCCGGCAUCGCCAUUGGCGACUGGAGGACCCAAGCCAAAUGCCCAUACCCUUGUGGGGCAAAUAGUCACUAUGAGCUGUGUGGUUCGGCCUGUCCACCCAGCUGCCCAGGGCCAAGUCCCACCCCGCCGUGCUCUGGAAACUGCACCGAGGGAUGUCAGUGUGAUGACGGCUUCAUCCUGAGCGGAGACGUCUGCGUGGCCCGGGAGGGCGGCUGUGGCUGCUGGGCCAACGGUACCUACCAUCAGCCUGGGGCUGAGUUCUGGGCUGACGCCAGCUGCUCCUCCCUGUGCCGCUGCGACCCUGGCCAAAGCCAGCUGCUCUGCUCCCCGGCCAGCUGCGGGACGGGCCAGGAGUGCGCCAUCCUGGACACAGGCCUCCGUGGCUGCCGCCCCCUCAGCAGCACUGUGUGCCAAGCUUCCGGCGACCCCCAUUAUAUUAGCCUAGACGGGAGGUUCUUUGAUUUCCAAGGCUCCUGUGAGUAUCUGCUGAGUGGUACCUGCACUGACCCCAAGCCCGGGACGGAAGCCUUCUUUGUCACCGUAGCCAACUCCCACCGUGGAAACCAGGCUGUCACGUACACCCGGGACGUCACGCUGCACGUCUAUAACCACAGCUUCGCCCUCAGCAGCUCCUUCCCCCGACAGCUGAAGGUGGAUGAUAAACUGGUGGCCCUGCCCUUCUCACUGGACACACGAGUCCAAGUAUACCUCAGUGGCUCUGAUGUGGUGGUACAAACUGCCUUCGGCCUAACUCUGACCUUUGAUGGGGAUAGCUUGGCCCGGCUGCAGGUUCCCUCUCCGUAUGCAGGCACUCUCUGUGGGCUCUGUGGGGACUAUAAUGGGGACCCUGAAAAUGACCUCACUCCCAAGGGUGGCCAGCCAGGCAAUGACCCUGUGGCCUUUGGUGACAGCUGGAAAGUAGGAGGCGGCCCGGAUUGUGGCGUUUGUUCUCCCAGUGACUGUCCAAGCAGCUGCAGCGAGCAGGAACAGGUUCAGUUUGGAGGUCCGGAGGCAUGUGGAGUGAUUUCGGCGGCUCAGGGACCCCUCGCAGCCUGCCAUGGCCUUGUGGAUCCCACCCCCUUCUUCAAAAACUGCUUGUUGGAUACCUGUCAGACCCAGGGCCAUCCCAGCGGCCUCUGUCCUGCCUUGGCCACAUACGUAGCUGCCUGCCAGGCUGCUGGUGCCCAUCUGGAGGAGUGGAGACGACCGGACUUCUGCCCCUUUUCCUGCCCGGCCAACAGUCACUAUCAGCUCUGUGGUGACUCAUGCCCUCGGAGCUGUCCAGACCUCUCAGCUCCCCAAGGCUGUGUCUCUACUUGUCGCGAGGGCUGUGUGUGUGAUGCCGGCUUCGUUCUCAGUGGAGACACCUGUGUGCCUGUCGGCCAGUGUGGCUGCCUCUAUGAGGGGUUCUAUUACCCACUGGGGCAGACCUUCUUCCCGGGGGAGGUCUGUGAGCGGCGCUGUGAGUGUGGUCCCGGUGGUGUGGUCACCUGCCAUGAGGGAUCUCCCUGUGGACUUUAUGAGGAGUGCCGCCUGGAGGCUGGCGUGCAGACCUGCUACCCCACGGGCUGUGGCCGCUGUCUGGUGUCCAGCAGCAUUCACUACGUGACCUUCGAUGGCCGUGUCUUUGAUUUCUACGGCUCCUGCUCCUACGUGCUCACUCAAGUGUGCCAGCCCCUGCCCGGCUACGAGAACUUUUCCAUUGCCCUGGAGAAAGAUGCCAAUGGAGACCUCAAACGGUUGCUGGUGACCGUGGGUGACCAAGUUGUGGGCCUGAGCCGAGGCCUGAAGAUCACCAUGGAUGGGGAGCCAGUGGCACUACCUAUGGAUACCGGUUUGGUGAGGCUGACCCUGGAGGGCCGGAAUGUGAUCCUGCAGACGACGAAGGGGCUGCGGCUCCUUUUCGAUGGUGAUGCCCAUUUGCUGCUGUCAGUGCCCAGUGCCUACCACAAUCACCUCUGUGGGCUUUGCGGGGACUUCAAUGGCAAUUGGAAUGAUGACUUCCGCCUGGCAGAUGGCACUGUGACCUCAAACGUAGAUACCUUCGGAGCAGGUUGGCGCGUGUCAGGUUCCCCUGGGGACCGACCCUGUGGGGAGGGGGCAGAGGCAGGGUGCUGCCCCGUAUGUUUUGCAGAGCAGACAGCUCCCUAUGAGAGCCUUCAGGCCUGUGGGCAGCUCAAAGACCCCCAGGGCCCCUUUGCUGCCUGCCACGCAGUUCUGAACCCCUCUGAGUAUUUCCGCCAGUGUGUAUACGACAUGUGUGCCAACCGAGGUAACACCAGCUCCUUGUGCCGAAGCCUGGGCACCUACACCACAGACUGCCAGGUCGCUGGGGUCACUCUGAAGCCUUGGAGGAAUGAUAAUUUCUGCCCACUCAGCUGCCCAGCUCAUGGUCACUAUUCAAUCUGCAUUCAUGGGUGUGAGGCCUCCUGCUCGGGGCUCUCUGGCUUAGAGAGUUGUACUACCCGCUGCUUUGAGGGCUGUGCUUGUGACCAAGGAUUCCUGCUGUCCCAGGGGGCCUGUGUGCCUAUCAGAGACUGUGGCUGUGUUUACCAGGACAAUUACCUCCCGGCCAACUCAUCCUGGCUGUCCACAGACUGCUCUCAACGAUGCACUUGUGCCCUGGGAGGCAAACUGAACUGUGAGGCCAUGAGCUGUCCCCUGGGCACCUUGUGCCUCGUCCAGGAGGGAUCCAGGGGCUGCAAGAACCCCAGUGGUGUCUGCUCUCUUUCCACCAACCUCAACACUUUCGAUGGGUUGGAGGCCGCACCCAGCUCCCCCGGCAUCUAUGAGCUCUCGUACCUCUGCUCCAAGAACACAAAUGACUCCUGGUUCCGUGUGUUGGCCGACUUCCAUCCUUGCCUCAAUGACUCAAAGGCUGUGGCCCGGGUCCAUGUCUUCUUCCAAAACGGCCUGGUCACUCUGACACCAACUGGCCAAGUGUGGGUGAAUGGACAACAGGUGACCCUCCCAACUAAGGUGCUCUCCUCUGUGUCCGUGCAUAAGUCUGCUGAUGGAGCCCUCCAGUUGCUUCAGGAUGGAGGGGUACACAUACAGCUCAGCCCAGCUGGGGAGCUCUAUGUGAUCGUCAAGGAGGUCCACGCUGGGAAGCUGUGUGGUGCCUGUGGGAACUUUGAUGGGGAUCAGACCAAUGACUUGAAGGACCCCCAAGGGAACUCAGCUCUGAAGGGCUGGAACGCCAAGGACUUCUCCCCAUGUUCUGCCUGAUUGAUGGAUCUCCCUUCAUCAUCAUGGACCCCGCCAGCAUCCAUGGGGGACAUCAUGACACUCCUAAGAUGGUUAUUGUGCCUUGGGGCUGAGGGAGGAGGUUGGGACAACAGCCCCCCUUCUCCCAAU